UAAGUAUCUGUCUGUGCUGUGCAUAUGGACUUGUGUUGUUUUCCGCGUGUCAGUUUUUGUCACGCUCUCUAUUCCUCAUCUCAUUUACAAGUGAAGGGAAGAAAACUCGUAGUGAUCCAUCGGAUGGAUUAUGACGAGUCAUAGAACAUUUGUGUGUAUGUAAACGUUAUUGCAAGUUAUUUAUCGCGAUCCGCAUAACUAGAUCAUUUGUGGCUGCUAAUUGGAAUCCACACGUGUCAGCAAGGCCAGUUGGCUAAGACGUAAAAUAAUCAUGGCGGCCUUAACAGAGUCAAUUGCUGUCGAUUCUUCUUCCGUCAAUCCCAAAGAGACCCUAAGCGACUCUCAACAGAAUGGAUCCACUUGUCAAGCAAUCUCUAACAAGAAUCCCGAAACCAAUGAUGAAAAUUCCUGCUCCACUGAAAAAUCUGCCGAAGAUGUAAUGAAGGAAGAAAACGAGAAUAAGCCCAAGUUUAUUGAAGCCCCAAUUCCAAAAGUAAAUCCCUGGACUGUCAACCGAAAUGUUCCACAGCAAGGUGGUCCACUGAAGCCAUCAGCACGUCAUUUCUUAGGGAGACCACUCCAGCAGCAGAGACAGCAGCAACCCACAGUUGUUAAGGCCAACGUUAUGGAUAGGAGGAAAAUCAAUGUCAAGGCUAGCGAUUUCAGUGACGUUGGAGACUGGCCGACUUUGGGCGAGGCUGCCGUUGCAGCUGCAGUCGUACGUCCGAAAGAGGAAGUACCAACUGUUGUUACCGUUUCUGUUAUCAGCAAGACUCGCACCACCUGGGCAGAUGAGGUCAUUGUGGAAGAGAUAGAAGAAGGUGAAAUUGUCGAGAAUGACCAAGUUAAGAAAAAACCAGAAAUUCAGAGCCGCGUUGAUAAACCCGCUACUCCCAAAAAAAACGUUCGUCGAUCCACUGGAGAAGAGCUGGAGGAAGGAGAAAUUGUCAGCUCGGAUGAAGAAAGCCAACCACCUCCAGUUUUGACUAGAAAAACCGAGAAAAAGACAACUCAGUCGAGCCCUAAUAAUGCAGCCCUUAAUAAUAAAGACAAACGUGGAGUGGAAAAUAAAGAAAAUCGCGCUGACAAGAAGAAGAAAGGACCUAAACCACGUUGGGUCCCCCUGGACAUUGAGCCGCCCUCUGUUCGACCUAAGUCUCAGAAAAACAAAUCAACCCGUUCGCCAAAAGAUGUGUCUAACAAUUCCGCUCAAGAUGGACGGAAAAGUGUUGCAAAAGGAGAAGUCAAAGAAAAAAGAUUGAAUGGGGAAACAGUAGAAUCUGGUGCUCCCCAAAGAAAUAACCGUGGAAUGUCUGGUCCUGGCCGCGCCGGUCGAGGACGUCAUCGAUCCCGUGGCAAUGCGCUUGGCCGCUCGCGAUCGACACAGCAUGGUGACGGAAUUAUCGAAUAUUCCGAUUUUAUGGCACCCAUCUUCUCAGCUGGAUUGGCAGACUACGGCACUCAAGAUUCGCCAUUUGUAACUCCGUUUGUUGGCAUGGCCGUCGGAGGCGUUGGGCUAGGUCACGUUCCUACCAACGUAGCACUUCUCGUACCCGCAGCUCUGCAACCGCAUUCAAAAGCGGUUGGAGACGCAUCAGUUGUAAAAGAUCUUGUCAGAAAACAAGUAGAAUACUACUUCAGUGAAGACAAUUUACAAAGGGACUUCUUUUUACGCCGUAAAAUGGACACGGAAGGGUACCUUCCUAUUUCGCUUAUUGCGUCUUUCCAUCGCGUCCAGGCACUCACACAGGAUGUCAGUUUAGUUAUACAAGCGCUUCAACAAUCAACUGUGUUAAAAAUCAAGGAUUUAGUCAAGGUUCGAACUAUCAACGAUCCGGAAAAAUGGCCUAUUCUUCCUGAAACCGUUAAGAAUGAAGAACCACAACAAGAAACUACACCGGCAUCUGCAGGAGAAAGUCAUAUAGAGAAAUCUGUAAAUAUUGAAACAACCAAAACUACAACAGCUGAGCCUGCCAAAGUCGAAGUGACUACAACUGAAGCAACCAAAAUUGAACCGACUAAAACCAAACCAACGAAAAUCGAAUCAACUAAAUCUGAAGUCACAAACAACGAAAUUGCAAAGACUAGUCUUUCUAAAACAAAUGAUGAUGAAUGGAAGGAGGUGAAACGCCGCGUAAGAGAUAGGCACUCCUCAGUUUCUUCGUCAAAUGGAGGCCUACCUUACGAAAUUGCAGCGGAUGAAAAGUCGGUCGGUCGUCGCUCAAGGCAAUCAUCCAUCUGCCUACCCAAAAAUGUAAAUGAUGUUAAAGGUGAAGAUAGGGAAGAGCUGGAUUUUCAGUUUGAUGAGGAACUAGAUCGUCCUCUGCCAGUAGUCAAACAGAAUACUUUUACCACUGAUUGGUCCGAUUCGGACGAUGGUGAAUAUGACGAAGUUGGCGACGACUUUAUAAACAAGAUUUUGAUUGUUACGCAAAGUACGCGACCAACCAAACACGAAGGAUAUGACCGGACAGGAGACUGGACUUCCCGCACGAAAAUCACACAAGAACUCGUUCAUCACAUUGAGGAUGGGUUACGUUACUAUGAGCAGGACUUGUGGAACGAUCACGAAUGGGCUCCGUCCGUCAAUCCCACAUCCACUUUCAAAACUGUAAAUCUGAUAUCGCGUGAGGAUUUCGAAAAGAUAGUGCCCAAAUCACAGAAACAGGAUAUUCCUCAACCUCCUCCACCACCCCCACCUUCCCUUAAAGUAUCUUCGAUGCCUAACCGAGGAAGAGGGAGAAAACAUGAAGUGCCACGUUUCUAUCCAGUCACGAAAACGGAUCCAAUCAGCUUUGAUGGACGCACGCCGCGUAAAAGGAAGACGAGAUACGGUGACAAUCCUCCGGUAGAAUGCCACGUCGGCUGGGUCGUAGAUUCAAAAGAACACAGAGUACGGACGACGAGUGUCGGAAGCUGUGAACUGGGCACUAGUCCGGCAGAAAAGAGUUCGAUAGCGGGUAGUUACGGUAGUACACCGCAGUCGCUACCCAGUUUCCAACAUCCAUCACACGCACUGCUCAAGGAAAAUGGUUUUACGCAACAAGUGUACACGCGCUACCGAGCCCGUUGUCUCAAAGAGCGUAAACGCGUUGGAGUUGGCCAAUCACCAGAAAUGAAUACGCUUUUCCGUUUCUGGUCGUUUUUCCUUCGUGCUAACUUUAACCGGAAAAUGUUUGAUGAAUUUCGUCGUCUGGCUCUAGAAGACGCAGCUGCCGGAUAUCGCUACGGGCUGGAAUGUCUAUUCCGUUACUUUUCGUAUGGGUUGGAAAAGCACUAUCGCAACGAACUCUAUCAGGUCUUCCAAGAAGAAACUAUUCGUGAUUAUGAAACGGGUCAACUCUACGGUCUUGAGAAGUUCUGGGCCUUUUUGAAGUACUACAAAAACGGGAAAAAACUCUCGGUCGACCCCAAGCUUCAGGAGUAUUUGUCCAAGUUUAAAACUAUUGAAGAUUUUCGCGUUGUCCAGCCUCCCGAUCAACGUAGAUCCAAGUCACUUGGUAACCGAAAACGAUCGGAAUCAGAGAGUUUAGGUGAUGCACGCCGAUUCACAAAGCAAUCAUUUCAUCAUCAAAUGACAAAAAGGUAUGGCUCUGGCCGGAUUGUACAUGGUUCUUCUGACGAGCCAACAGCCAAGACUGUGACUGUCGUGAAGACCACCAGUCGAAGAACACGUUCACAGAGCUUUACCGAUAAUUCGACCGCUUAGGAAGGAACCCCCGACUAAGAGAGAAACAAUUCAACCUGAAAAGGAAACACGAGUACAAAACGCGGAAUAAUGAAAGUUGGUUAGUUUACUCUUACAAAAAAAAAGUCUGCCCAAACUUUUCCAGAUUUAUCAAAUUCAAACAGACGUAAAAUAAGAAACAAUUCUUGAAAAAAAAUUUAAAAAAAUACAGGACUCCAGUGAAGUAGUGUGCCUUUGGGUGGGGUGUAAACUUUCCUUUUCUCGUGUUUGCAAAACAAAGCCCACACCUAAUGAAACCAUCACGCGAAUUCAUUUUGAUUUAUCCAUUUCCCAACGGUGCGAUCGAAGGCCGCUUUAAUUUAGUUAUUUCACUUUCCGUGUGUGAAUUUUUUCCUUACUCUAUUUCCCUCUUCAAUUUCUGGAUAAGAAAUGUGGACUUAUUUCAAUUUGUCCUUCAGAAAAAAUGUUCGGUUUCGGGCAUAUCGUAUUUUUUUUUUUCAUUAACGCUGUCUUUGGGGGGAAACAUCAACCUUUCACAUAGAUAACAUCUCAAAAUGUUUGAGAAUCUUUGGUGUGAUAGAAGUUUUUUGCUUGAUGCUCGUAGAUGUAGAAUAUUACCGAGCAAUUUCUUAUUGGCUUUUGCGAUGCCAAAAUAGCAAUUCUCUUUUUGUAAAACUUAUUGUUGAGUAAACAGAAAAUUUUCCUUCUUGGAAUGUCAAGCUUUUUUCAUCAAGUGCAUGGAAAACGUGCGUGUCGUUUUUUUUUUUCGUGGGGUAUGGUAGGGAUAUUUUCAUCUUCUAUCCGUCUGUGGGGCUUUGAAUACUUUUGAACUCAUUAUUAAUUCAAACGUGGCGACUCAUCAAUGAAGCAAAACAAAAAAAUCAACUAAAAAUUGUAUAUCAUACUAUGUAUUUUCUUACGCUCUUUUUUGCACUUUCUUUUUUUGUUCAUAAGUGACAAAUAAAUUAAUAUAGCCCCA